ACAUCCUCUGUAUACAGUUUAACAGAUGCAGUGUUCUACAUUCUGGUCAGUAUACCGAAUGUUCUAAAUCUGGGGCUGAAUUCUGGAGUAAAUGAACACAAACAAAAAUGUGGACAUGGUUCCCACGUGUUCAAAACUGUCAGAUAUUUCUGUUUUUGGCUUUGUGGUUGAUCCACACUUCGAUAUGGUAAUAAUCCACUAACUCCAUCCCCCUUUCACAUACACGCGCACACAACCUCCACCUACCCCCCAAGCACACACACAUUCGCGAGCGCACAGUGUGUGUGGCGUGUGUGUAAGAGAGAGAGAGAGAGAGAGAGCGAGAGAGAGAGAGAGCGAGAGAGAGACUGUCUUCUUAUCGAUCUGCCCUGCCUGGCUGCUGGAGGAAGAGCUGGAGGCAACAAACUGCGCGUAUCGGUUAGGAAAAGCAGCGAGUGUUUUCUGCUUGGAAUAAGGUCCGAGCUCAGAGAUGGAGAACCUGGCUGUGCUUUACCUGAGCAGCGCGGUGAUGGCGCUCGCAUCUCCGGGAAGUGCCGCACCCGCACCCGACCAGUACGCCCGCGGAAUAGAUUGGCUGAGCAGAUAUGGAUACCUUCCUCCUCCUGAUCCACGAACCGGGAGACUGCAGACCAAAGAAGGGAUUGAGAAUGCUAUCAAACAGAUGCAGAGGUUCGCAGGCCUGAAGGAAACAGGAAAACUUGAUGCGGACACGCUAAAACAGAUGUCAAUGCCGAGAUGCUCGCUGCCGGACAUUGUAGGCACAGAAGACAUGCUGAGGAAGAGGAGGAGGAAGAAGCGCUAUGCUCUCGCUGGCUCCAGCUGGGAAACAAGUAAUCUGCGAUGGAGUGUCCUGAGUUAUCCCAGGCUUUAUUCCUCACUCUCACCGGAUCUUGUGGAUAUGCUGAUGUUAUAUGCUCUCAAAGUCUGGAGUGACAACACCAACCUCCAGUUCACCAAAGAUCAGGCUGCUAAUGCCGAAAUCCGAAUUUCCUUCGCACGCUCCCUCCAUGAUGAUGGCUACCCUUUUGAUGGGAAGGGAGGCACACUGGCUCACGCGUUCUUCCCCGGCACGUCCGACAUCAACGGGGACACUCACUUCGAUGAUGAGGAGACAUGGACAUAUGGGCAGCCGGACGGAGUCGGAACGGACCUCUUCACCGUGGCCGUCCACGAGUUCGGUCAUGCACUAGGUCUCUCACACUCGUCCGUUGAUCCAUCUAUCAUGCGCCCAUACUACCAAGGCCCAGUGGGAGACAUUAGCCAAUACACCCUUCCUAUGGACGACAAGCUAGCCAUUCAGACGCUGUAUGGUUUCAAAGUGAAAGAAACAACUCCCCCUAGUGGUGAUUCUACACCGCAUUUGCCAAAACUUCCCACUACUACACCAUCACGAAGAAGGACUAUACCACCCAACCCUGGCUCCCAGGAUCGCUGUAAUGGAGGAUUUGAUGCUGUGGCUAACAUCAGAGGAGAGAUCUUCUUUUUUAAAGGACCGUAUUUCUGGCGAAUGCAGCGAUCUGGAUCUUUGGUGUCGCUUUCUCCUGCUCUCAUUAAAAACUUCUGGAUGGGACUGCCGCCUGGUACGGAAAAGAUAGAUGCUGUUUAUGAAAGGAAGUCAGACAGUCGCAUCAUCUUCUUUAUAGGUUCACAAUUCUGGGUUUUCAAGGACACCACUGCAUUGCCUGGGUACCCACGCCCUUUGUCGGAUUGGGGCAUGAGAACUAAAGAUGGAAGGAUUGUGGAGCGAGUGGACGCAGCCUUUGUUUGGGUCCAUAAUGGUCACACAUACCUGUUCAGCGGUGAAGAGUUCUGGAGGUUCACAGAGAAUCCGGCGCAACAGAUUCCUCAUCCAGAUGCAGACUACCCUCGAAGCACCGCCCUCUGGAAAGGGGUACCCAGCAUUCCUGAUGACAUCAUCAGCUGGGGAAAAGCAGGAGAUACCUACUUCUUCAAGGGCAACUCCUACUGGGUCCUAAAGACUGGGGAAAUGGACCAGGACACAGUAACACCUAAAUCGACAGCAACUGAUUGGAUGUUUUGUCCGGCUCCAUCUCCAACACCGGCAGUCAACCCACGCUGUGGACAAUGCCGAUGUGGCAUUAACAAGGCUUCUACUUUGACUGGACCUUCAUUGCUACUUGUUUCAGUACUUUUUCAGUGCAUCAGUCUGCUGAAUUAGACUGAUUACUCAGUUAAAUUUGAGGAAAUUUGUGACAUUUUUUGAUCAUGCAUAUGUUAAUCUCAGACUUUUGGUUGCUUUGUCCUGUGAAUUGAUCUAAAUUUGCGUGGUCCGAAUCUGAGUGGGUUUGUUCCCUGGGUGUAGAUCUCAGGCUCCAGACUCACUUAAUUCUCUUGAACCUGAUACAUUUAUUCAAUUCAAUUCUAUUCAAUUUUAUUUGUGUAGCGCUUUUAACAAAGAGCAUUGUCUCAUAGCAGCUUUACAUAAGAGGAAGAAAUAUAUUUUUGUUCACAUGAAGAACAUAAAGUGAUCAUAUUUAUUGUUUUUUUGUGGUUGUUGUUUUUUUGGCAUUAUUUUGGUGUUAUUAUGUGAGGCAUCCACUAAGGCAUCCCAAAAUGUCCCCCUGUCACUCAUGGUACAUGUAUCUUUUCUCUUUACUUCCUGAACAAGUCCCUUGUUCAUGGGAAUCGUGGCACAGUUCCAGUGUGCACACUCACACCACCUCUGACAGGAAGUCUCAGGUUCGGUACCACAGUGCGCUUCCUGCUCCACAUGGCAGCUUUCACGUGAAAAAUAAUAAACUGCCAGAGUGAAAGCCUCCUUUAAUCAAAAAUGUGAGUGUUCCAACCUGCCACUUUUAUGAGUCUAUCACAUUUCAAUCAUAUAAAGUGUCUCAGUUUGCAUUUGGAUUGAAUUUGGACCUUUUCAUAAGGAAGUGUAGUACCUUUUUUUCUGGUUUUUCUAUUACAUUUAUUUUGUGCAACUCCUAUGCAAUGAAAUUGUUAUAAUAAAAUUAUUUCAGGUGACAAAGUAUUCAAGAUGUGUAAAUAUGCUAGUAUAUGUGAAUAUUGAUUCUGCCAUUCAACCCUUUGCCAGUGCUUUCUUUAAAAUCUUAGUGUUUUGUUAUGAAAUGCUGUAAAUGAUAUCCAGGAUGGUCAGUUUUUAUCUCAGAGAUGUUCAGAGACUGAGAGACUUGUUCAUUUCUUUACUCAAAGAUUUUUACAGGUUUAUUCUGUCGAUCAACAUGAAGACAAUUAGCAGUUUGAUUAAAAUUUUAAAGCUUCAGCCUAGCAGUCAGACAUCCAGGGGAGAUUUGCAGGUCAGAAUCCCCACAGCUGAGCUGUUUCCACAAAGACCAGAACAGUGUUACGUUUGGUUUAAUUAUGUUUUAUUAAUUAUGUUACUUUGUUUUGCCUUCUUCCUAUUUGCUAUUAAACUGUGAGAGAAAACUGUGUG